CAUCAGACAAAGUGUAAAGCAGACAGAAAAAGAGAGACAUAGUGAGAGAGGGACAGGACACAGCGACAGAGAGCACAGGUGAACUUUAUAUAACACAUUUUAAAUGUUUAAAGUCAUUUUUUUCUUUCCUUUUCUUCUUUUUUUUUAUUUUUAUUUCUCUUUCUAACCUAUCUGGUUUUUUAUUAUAAAAUGACUGGCUCUGCUCUUACUGACGCUGAAAUCAACCAUUUACAUGCUAAAUUCGAAUCACUUACCAGAGGCCAUGGAUUCACUGUCGAUAGUCUAAGAGAAGUGUAUAAGCUUGCUAAAGUGAAUGUCACCGAAGCCGAGCUUCAAGCUCAGAUCCAUGCUGCCGACUCUAAAAACCAUGGUAAAGUCGAUUUUGACGAUUUUCUAUCAGUGAUGACCAAGCAACACGACGUCAAUGCUGAAGAAGGUGUUUCCAAAGUGUUUGAAUUACUUGAUACUGACAACGACGGACAACUUACAGGCGACGAUUUGAAGAGGGGCGUUUCUUUAUUCGGCAAUUCCAUUACUGAAGCCGAUGUCGAAGAAAUGAUGUUUUCUGCAGAUGUUGAUGGUGAUGGCUAUAUCAAUUAUGAAGAAUUCUUAAAGAUCAUGACUCCUUCCAAGGUCAAUGGACAAACUACUUUCUAAGCCCAAUCAUAAAAGAUUAAAGAUCAACGAUACUAUCAUAACCAUUAUAUUUAUACUAGUUACCUUUUCAAUACAAUACAAAUAAAUCCACUUUUUGAUAUUUC